ACCUUUGCCAGAUGAUAGACUGGAUGAGCUGCUGGUUGGAUCGCUGCGCAGAGCUGAGCUAGAAGGAGAGGGACAAAGUAGCAGUCGGUGGUGUAUCAGUGCAAAUCCAAGUCGCUUCACUGAGUGCAAAAACCUGUGCCACAUCGGAUUAUACAGCUCUACUGAGACUCAGUUCUCUGUGUGUGAACUAUUCAGCUUGGUGUGAUCGGAGUUGCUGCUGGGUUUAUCGAACAUAUGCUUUUUCUCUUUUCUUGACUAACCUUUUCCUGCCCCUCGAUGAGAGCCGGGUCAUGAUCACAUCGCCAUCGGUGCUGCACCCCGCUGUCACGAGUCCCUUCCAAACAAGCCAGACCUCAGAUUGUGCUAGUUCGCCUAAGGAGCAGCAGCCGCCGGGUGGCCACCCGAGCCGCAACGUCCAUCGUCACCAACAGCCUUUUGUGCACCCAACUCCUCCAUCGGACCCUCAGCGACAAGCCCAACGACUUCCUAUCAAGGUUCUCAAGAUGCUGACAGCUCGGACAGGACACAUUUUGCACCCAGAGUACCUGCAGCCUUUGCCGUCCACUCCAGUCAGUCCCAUUGAACUCGAUGCUAAAAAGAGUCCAUUGGCUCUUUUGGCUCAGACAUGCUCACAGAUCGGAAAACCAGACCCAUCUCCUUCUUCCAAGUUGUCCUCUGUUACAUCUAGUGGGUCCGGCGAGAAGGAAUCAAAGUCAGGGCCCCUGAAGCUCAGCGAUAUCGGAGCAGAGGACAAGUCCAGUUUUAAACCCUACUCCAAGCCUUCUGAGAAAAAAGAAUCCUCAUCUGUAGUGUCUUCAGGAGGAGAGAAGGCUGGUUUCCGGGUGCCCAGCGCCACCUGCCAGCCAUUCACGCCAAGGACAGGCAGCCCUAACUCUUCCAGCUCAUCAGUUUCUCCACUACCAGCGGAGGCUAAAUCUAGUGAGGCUCAGGAUAAGAAGGACCACCCAGAGAGCACAAAACUUAACACCUCGGAUGUGUCUGGAGCCACGACCAGUAUAAGCCACAGCAGAAUCAGUGUCAGUUGUGCAGGCAUCAACGUGGAGGUCAAUCAUCAGGAGACAACCUCGGGAUCCAAGCCUUUAUGUUCUGAUUCUAACUCAUCUACAGUAACCUCCUCAGCAUCGGUUCUCGGAUCUGGACUAGUAGCCCCGGUUUCCCCAUAUAAGCCUGGUCAGACUGUAUUUCCUCUUCCACCAGCAAGCAUGACCUACCCAGGGACUUUAGCUGGAGCAUAUGCUGGUUACCCGUCUCAAUUCCUGCCAGCCGGAAUGACUUUAGACCCAACGAAGUCAAGUAGCCUCGUUGGGGCACAAUUAACUUCACUUGGUUGCAGCAAACCGACAGGAUCGAGUCCCUUGGCCGGAGCUUCUCCACCAUCAGUAAUGACGGCUAGUCUUUGUAGAGACCCUUACUGUUUGAGCUACCACUGUGCCAGUCACAUAGCUAGUGCUGCCACUGCAUCUUGCACCCAUGACCCAACAGUUUCGGCUCUUAAAUCCGGAUAUCCUCUAAUGUAUCCCACUCACCCAUUACACAGUGUCCACUCUUCACCUCCAUCUUUUGCUGGCCACCCAUUGUAUCCUUAUGGCUUCAUGAUUCCCAACGAUCCCCUGCCCCACGUCUGCAACUGGGUGUCAGCCAAUGGACCUUGCGACAAACGUUUUGGGAGCUCCGAGGAACUGCUCAGUCACCUGCGGACUCAUACUGCCUUUCCAGGAACGGAGAAACUCAUCUCUAGCUACCACAGCUCUUCCUCUUUGGCAAGUGCGGCUGCAGCCAUGGCCUGCCACAUGCACAUUCCAACCACAGUGGCACCAGGGGGCACAAGCACGUUAGCGCUAAGGAGCCCUCAUCACGCUUUGGGAUUGAGCAGUCGCUAUCAUCCUUAUUCAAAGAGCCCUUUGCCUACCCCAGGUGGCCCAGUACCAGUACCGGCAGCCGCAGGACCUUAUUACUCACCAUAUGCACUGUAUGGCCAGAGACUUACGACAGCAUCAGCUUUGGGGUAUCAGUAGAAAACCAGCGAUUUGCAAACUUAGUGCAAAGAAAUGCAAGCAAAACUGACGUUAACAUUUGUUCAAAUAGUGCGCACUCAAGGACUGGCUCCAUUGGGCACUGUAUUUAUUUGUUAGCUACAAGCAGGACAAUACAUUCGAAAAAAGUGCAUUACUUUGACAACUUGAUUCGGUAAAGUGGAACACCCAAUGUAGAAUAAAUUGUUAAUAUUAAUAAUAAUAAUAAAGAAACUAUAGUUUUUUUUUC